AUGGUUAUUAUCUGGGCCUCAAAGAAAAAGAUUGAUGAGCCUUACAUUGAAUAUGGCAGAGAUGCAAAUCUGAGAAAAGCAACUGCAGAGGCUACUCAGUUUGAGGAAGCGAAUAAGGAAGGAACAAAAUAUUGGCACCGGGCGUAUUUAUCUGAUUUGAAAGAUGGUCAACAGUAUUUCUACAGAGUCAACGCCGGUAGAGGUGCUGGAGGCGUCAGUGAACAACUUUCCUUUACUGUACCAUCUCUCAAGAGGAAUUCAAUUCAUUCUGUGAUGAUUCUUGCAGACAUGGGAAUAUCCUCGAAAACAUUGGAUUUCUUAGUUCAAGAGGCUUUGAAUGGUGGUUAUGAAGCUGUGAUACAUAUUGGAGAUAUAGCUAAUGACUUGCACCGUGGAGAAGGUGUGGUUGGUGAUAGAUACCUUAAGCGAAUUCAGAAAAUGGCUGCCCAGGUUCCUUACAUGACUUGUCCCGGAGACCAGGAGAAGUUCCAGCAAUAUGUCCACUACAGGUACCGGUUCUCCAUGCCAGGCUCUUCAUGGCCAAUGUCUUACGAGAAACUCUGGUACAGCUAUAACCUAGGAAGUGCUCACUUUGUUGUUAUUAACACUGAAGUCCUUUGUGCUGAGAACCAUGAACUAAAAGAAGCCCAGUUAUCCUGGCUUAAAAAUGAUCUUUCAAUCAACAAUAAGGAGCAGAGACCCAAACAUCCCUGGAUUAUCAUGUUUGGCCACAAGCCAAUGUAUGCAUCAUGUAACAAAGAGGAGGAGGAAUGUUUGAAAGAACAGCCAGCUCUUCGGAAAGAACUUGAUGAUAUUCUUUUCCGCUAUGGGGUAGAUCUGUACAUAGCUGGACAUCAACACAACUAUGAACGUACAUGGCCGGUAUACAGAGAAAGGCUGUUUGAUGAAUAUCAUUAUAAAAACCCAAAAGGACCAAUUCAUCUGACCAUUGGUUCCAUGGGUGCUGAAUAUCACAAAGAAAAGUUUGUCAAGCCUGGGGGAAAGUGGUCAUCUUACCGAUACCCUGGGAUAGAGAAGGAAUUAUUUGCUAAGCUUGACAUCAUCAAUGCGUCUCAUUUGUUCUGGGAGGUACUUUCUGCAAGCAACAAUGAAAAAGUCGAUAGGAUAUGGAUUGUUCAGAAGAGCCAUGGAACAUUUGGUGAACCAGGGGAAGGGGUGUUCCAACGCAUUAAAGAACUCAGAAAUAUUCCCAUGCAGCCUCCCCUCCCUCCCGAAGACCACAGCAGGUAUAUGGCUAAGCUGACAAGGAAAAAGUUACGUUCCAGAAAGACCAGACAAUAUGGAGUCCAGUUUUCUGGGAUCAUUACAUGUGCUGUGGCUGUGGUCAUUGGAUUAAUGUCAUGGAGGAUGAGGAAGAAGAUGUGGAUGUUGUUCAGGAUAGGCACAGGUGGGAAGUGA